CAGACAACAGAGGCACAGAGACAAAGAGGGGAGCACUGCAGAAGUUGGGUGUCUGCCAGUGACUCCUGCCCAGGCCCCUCUCAGGAAAUCACACAGCCAAGCUGGUAGAUAAGCUGGAAUGCCCCUACCCAAAGAAGAAGGCUCAGUAGCCCCUAUUAAGCAAGAGUCAGAGCCCCGGAGGCCUGGGGGAGAGGGUGGGCUGCCUGCCCGGGUUGGGCUGAGAAGGCACAAGGUGUCAGCACAGUUGCGUGACAGGCCAGCUUGGGGAAUCUACCUAUUGAGUCCAGGAACUAGUUCCCCAGAAGCCCUUUGCCCAGGGCAGGAAUCGUCAGGGCUUUGAACCAUGGGGCUAGGAGAUGCUAAGGGCAAGAGUGGAAAGUCACUUCACCAUGAGUCAGAGCCAUCUGGUGACAGUCUCUGUCUGACCAUGGCCCUACCAUCCCUGGGCCAGGACCCCUGGAGUCUCCUGGGUGUUUUUUUCUUCCAACUGCUCCUGCUGCCGUCACUGCCACCGGCUACCGGGACUGGUGGGCAGGGGCCCGUGCCCAGAGUAAAAUACCAUGCAGGAGAUGGGCACAGGGCCCUCAGCUUCUUCCAACAGAAAGGCCUCCGAGACUUCGACACGCUGCUCCUAAGCGGCGAUGGCAACACUCUCUAUGUGGGGGCCAGAGAGGCCAUCCUGGCUUUGAAUAUCCAGAACCCAGGAAUCCCAGGGCUGAGGAACAUGAUACCCUGGCCAGCUAGUGAGAGGAAAAAGAGUGAAUGUGCCUUUAAGAAGAAGAGCAAUGAGACGCAGUGCUUCAACUUCAUCCGUGUCCUGGUCUCGUUUAACGCCACUCACCUCUAUAGCUGUGGGACCUUUGCCUUCAGCCCUGCUUGUACCUUCAUUGAACUACAAGAUUCCCACCUGCUGCCCAUCUUGAAGGACAAGGUCAAGGAUGGGAAGGGCCAAAGUCCCUUUGACCCUGUUCACAAGCACACAGCUGUCUUGGUCGACGGGAUGCUCUAUUCUGGCACCAUGAACAACUUCCUGGGCAGCGAGCCAAUCCUGAUGCGGACGCUGGGACCCCAGCCUGUCCUCAAGACGGACAUCUUCCUGCGCUGGCUGCACCCGGAUGCCUCCUUCGUGGCAGCCAUUCCGUCCACCCAGGUCGUCUAUUUCUUCUUCGAGGAGACAGCCAGCGAGUUUGACUUCUUUGAGGAGCUGCACACAUCCAGGGUGGCUCGAGUCUGCAAGAACGAUGUAGGUGGUGAAAAGCUGCUGCAGAAGAAGUGGACUACCUUCCUGAAGGCCCAGCUGCUCUGUGCUCAGCCGGGUCAGCUGCCAUUCAACAUUAUCCGCCACGCGGUCCUGCUGCCCGCCGAGUCUCCCUCUGUCUCCCGCGUCUACGCAGUCUUUACCUCCCAGUGGCAGGUUGGUGGGACCAGGAGCUCAGCAGUCUGUGCCUUCUCUCUCACGGACAUUGAGCGCGUCUUUAAAGGAAAAUACAAGGAGCUGCACAAGGAAACUUCCCGCUGGACCACUUACAGGGGCCCAGAGGCCAACCCAAGGCCUGGCAGUUGCUCCGCAGGCCCCUCCUCUGACAAGGCCUUGACCUUCAUGAAGGACCAUUUCCUGAUGGAUGAGCACGUGGCAGGCACACCGCUGCUGGUGAAGUCUGGGGUCGAGUACACACAGCUUGCGGUGGAGCCAGCUCGUGGCCUUGAUGGGAGCAGCCACGUGGUCAUGUACCUGGGCACAUCCACGGGGUCCCUGCACAAGGCCGUGGUGCCUGAGAACAGCAGCGCUUAUCUCGUGGAGGAGAUCCAGCUGAGCCCUGCUCCUGAGCCUGUUCGGAACCUGCAGCUGGCCCCCACCCAGGGCGCAGUGUUUGCAGGCUUCUCGGGAGGCAUCUGGAGAGUUCCCCGGGCCAGUUGCGGUGUUUAUGAGAGCUGCGUGGACUGUGUCCUUGCCAGGGACCCCCACUGUGCCUGGGACCCCGAGUCAAGUGUCUGCAGCCUUCUGCCUGGCUCCCCCCUGACCUCCUGGAAGCAGGACAUGGAACGUGGCAACCCGGAGUGGGCAUGUGCCCGAGGCCCCAUGGCUAGGAGCCCCCGGCGUCAGAGUCCCCCUCAACUUAUUAAAGAAGUCCUGGCAGUCCCCAACUCCAUCCUGGAGUUGCCCUGCCCGCACCUGUCCGCACUGGCCUCUUACCACUGGAGUCAUGGCAGAGCCACAAUCCCAGAAGCCGCUUCCACUGUCUACAACGGCUCCCUCUUGCUGCUGCCUCAGGAUGGCGUUGGGGGCCUCUACCAGUGUGUGGCCACCGAGAACGGCUACUCGUACCCUGUGGUCUCCUACUGGGUAGACAGCCAGGACCAGCCCCUGGCCCUGGAUCCUGAGCUGGCUGGCAUUCCCAGGGAGCGCGUGCAGGUCCCACUGACCAGGGUCAGCGGUGGCGCUUCUGCGGCUGCCCAGCGGUCUUACUGGCCCCACUUUCUCAUUGUCACUGUCCUCCUGGCCAUAGUGCUCUUAGGAGUGCUCACUCUCCUCCUGGCUUCCCCGCUGGGAGCGCUUCGGGCUCGGGGCAAGGUUCAGGGCUGUGGGAUGCUGCCCACCUUGGAGAAGGCCCCGCUGAGUAGGGAGAAGAACCUCCAGCCCUCCAAGGACCACAGCACCUCUGCCAGUGACGUAGAUGCUGACAACAACCAUGUAGGCACUGAAGUGGCUUAAAGUGAGAGCGCAGAUGGGGAGCUGAGCGGAGCAGGCACCCGGCAAUGUUGGCUGGGGCAGGCACAGUGCCACUCUGACCAGGGUAGGAGGCUCUCCUGCUGCCGUGUGGCACCUACAGAACCCCGGAGGGCCUCCCCUGAGGGGCUCUCUUCUGCAGGCACGUGGGCUCUCUCCUCACCUGCACCCAGGCCAUGACAGCAAGAGCCAGACAGGAUUCUUCAGGUUUGAUCAACCCCAAGAGCCCUCCGGCAACCUACCCGCUCCAGAAGACCCUGAAAGGUGUGGCUGCCCAGGAUUCUGCGGUGACAGACCCAAGCAUCAGAGCAAGCUGGGGCUGUUCCUACAGACUCCAUCCUGACAGCUGCCGCUCCGGAAGCAGCUGUUGCUUCGAACACCAGCCCUUCCUUCUCCCGGGGUCUCCAGGACUCCUUAGGGAGUUGGCCCCUUGUGCUUCCCUUACCAAUCAUGCCCUACUGUUUGGGAAGUCUUUUCUGAAGUCUGAUCACCUUCCUUCUUGCUUCAGUUUGGACAGAUUGUUGUCGUGUCUGCCCUGGCUGGAAUGGGGGGCAUAAUCUGAGCCUUGUUCACUCGUCUAGUGUGGCUGACCCCUUCUUGAACUCUUCCUUCCUCUUCCCUUUGUUUUGGGAGUCAGAAAACUGCUUGUCACAGACAAUUUAUUUUUUAUUAAAAAAGACAUAAGCUUUAAGCAAA